CUGAUCGGACGGCUCCGGUCUAUCUAGCCUGAUAUACUUUCUGCUUCUUUCGAGUCUUCAUUCUUAGCAAUCAUGAAAGAAUUUCGACACGACCCCUCAUACAAGCCUUGGGGCCCGCUCAUCUCUCCGAACUACGUAAACGAACCCAUCACGGAAACCCACAUUAUCAUCGCCUCUAUCGUUUGGGCUCUGACGCUGGUCAAUGUCGGUAUUGCGAUCUAUUUCAUCUUGGGACAGACGAAAGGUUCUCGGUCACCGCUGAGAAGCGUGUACAUCUGGAUGAUAUGGCUGGAGCUCGGAAUAUCGUUCAUUAUGGGGCUGGAAUGCUUCCUCUAUCUGUUAAAGUACAUUAGACCAAGUAAGUUCAGCUUACACCGCGUAGUUCUCUGUUGGUGUAUUCAAGUCCAGCUCUUGCUACAGAUCAUCAUCAACCGUAUUCGAGUCAUCGUGCCUGACCGGCGGCGGUCGAAGAUGAUAAUGAUAUCGACCGCGGUCUUCGUCACUGCAAUCAAUAUUAGCGUUUUCAACGUUUGGAUACCGGCACGGCUACAAAUCAACAAAACUUAUAUCGUUGCCAACGAGUACUGGGAUCGCAUUGAGAAAGCGCUCUACCUCAUCGUGGAUGCAUUUCUGAACUGGUACUUCUUGAAGACAGUGAAAGCGAACCUCAUCAACAACGGUCUCACCAAGUACAACAAGCUAGUUCGAUUCAAUCAACAGAUUGUCGUUGUAUCGCUCCUCAUGGACGUCAUGAUUAUUGCCGCCAUGUCGAUACCUAAUUCCUUUGUCUACAUCCAAUUCCACCCUCUCGCCUACCUCGUAAAACUCAACAUCGAAAUGACCAUGGCCAACCUCAUCAAACGCAUCGCAGUCUCCACGUCCCGCAAGACAGGCAAGGCCUCGAUUGCGGAAGAAUUCAAGUCCUCCUCCAACCUGUCUACUUCAGGUCAGAAGUCGGCGUCGCACGCGCAGAAGUCAAAGCGAGGUUCCAUCCACGAGCUGGCAAGCAUUGUGUCCUACAACGCAGAGGGUGUGGCAGGUGAUCGCAUCGUCAGUUUCGCACCAACGGGCAACCAGAUCAAGCGAACAAAAGAAGUUGUCAUCAGCAACGAACCAAACCCCUUCUUUGAGCGUAGAGGCUCCGAAGUGGCUAUCACGGGGGGGAAGGCACAAGGCGUUCUGGUGGACGAGAGGACAUUAGUUCGACCUAAGAGUUUGGAGAGCGUAACGGAGGGCAAUGAGAGUAUGAAGAGCGCGGAUCUACCGAAGAGAAAUCCGGACGAUAGCGAUGAUGAGGCGGCGCUUGUGGGAAAAUUCAGGGCCUGGGGACGGCGGAAAAGUUAG